AUGGCUUCUAUAAAGAUCAAAGUUCCUAAUUGUUGUGGAGAAAAUAUAUCCACUGGAACUCCAUUUUCAGUUAAUCCUAACACAAUCCCUUGUACAUUUGAGACAUAUCCAGCCAUGAACACUCUAGUUGCCGUUGUCUACAGCCUGGCGUGUUUCCUCGCUGUGAUGGGGAACCUGGUGGUGAUGAUUGUUAUUCUUUACAACCGACGCGCAACAUUGUCCACGGACAUCUACCUGCUCCACCUGGCCAUGGCCGACCUGCUCUUUGCCGUCUCUCUGCCCUUCUGGGCAGUGGAUGCUGUAUAUGGGUGGGUGUUUGGCGAUGCCAUGUGUAAGAUUGUCAUCAUGUUCCACGAGGUGAACUUUUACAGUGGCAUCCUGUUUCUGGCCUGCAUCAGUGUUGACCGUUACCUCGCCAUCGUCCACUCUGCCCAGUCCCACAGGCAGAAACGACCACUCCUGAUCAAACUGGUCUGUGCUGUUGUGUGGGUGCUGUCCAUUCUCCUAUCUUUACCCAUCCUCUACAAGGACCAAGCAAAGGCCAGCUCCGACAAAUUCAUCUGUAAUGAAGAUCAUGAUGGUGAAUAUGAUGAGAAAUGGAAAAUAGCCACCAAAAUCUGUCGCCAUGUCAUUGGGUUUCUCAUCCCACUGUGUGUCAUGGUCUUCUGCUACAGUGUCACCAUCCAGAGAUUAUGUCAUACGAAGGGAUUCCGGAAACAGAAAGCCUUGAAGGUCAUUAUCGCCGUUGUGCUCGCUUUCCUCGUCUGUUGGCUGCCCUACAAUAUCACUGUGUUUAUCGACACUCUGGUGAGGAUGAAGGUCACCAGCACCUCUUGUGCUGGGCGCAACCACAUCAACCGAGCUCUGUUUGUCACCCAGUGUUUGGGGUUUCUGCACAGCUGCGUGAACCCAAUAUUAUACGCCUUCAUCGGGGUGAAAUUCCGGGCAAACCUGCUCAGACUCCUGGCUGAUAAAGGUCUCAUGAAACACACUGAAGAAUAUCAUUUUCAGAGACCUGUCCAGUCAUCAACCUCUGGAACAAAUUCAGCUGUCUUUUUGACACAAUCAGUGCAUUGGAAAUGUGGUCCCGAGCUGCGAGUUGACAGGAUCAGAGUGGUCCCGAAGAGGUCCCCGAGCUCCAACAUGUGA